GUUGGGUUUAGUAUGGUUUCUGCGCGCGAUUCGGACGGAUCGGAUAGCUUAUUGUCGUGACGCACAAAAAGCGGUGUUUCCAGUUUGCUCUGGGGAACACAAACAGGUGGAGUUCAUCAAGUGGGUCUGACUGCUGCCGUGGGCCGUAGCUUGCGGGAGUGUUUAUGUCUGGAAGGGAAAAUCGAAAAAAAUUAAAAGUGUUAAUUUGGUACAAUAAAUUACACCUGGACGGUGUUUACAAAUCGUGUUUAGAAUUUCAAAAACAGGUGGAUUGAUGUUAGUUUAGCGGCAAACAGUCAACUGCGAAACGCACGAAACAAGCAGGUUCAAUCACGAGGAGUGGCGUAACAAACAACGAAUCGCUUCAGGACAUGGAAACUCACGUUCGUUCUAUGCUUCGAAUUGGACAGGAAAUGCUGCGACCGGAAUAAUAUUGUUUGCAGAACAUAAAACUGUAAGUUCCAUCAAGUGCGUUCAUCAACCUAUGUCACAGCUGAACUCAACUUCCUUAUAUACUAUAUGCUGAUUGACGUAACUAGGGGAACUGGAGAGCCCCACCAUUAAACAGCUCGUAGACGUGUGGACCUUGAAAGGAGUAUAAUUCCGACUACCGGCUGUGCUGACCGAGGAAAUCGAUUAGGACUUCCCGUUUUCGAUUGGCACAUCGAUAGGGCAGCAAGAGGAAGCAGCUGCUCAAUUGCGGAUGCUGUUGACACCCGCCCGCGGAACGGGCGCGUAGGAGGACAUAGUUUGUGGCUUCGGCUACUGUUUGUGCUGGCAGCUAGUUACGGUAGUGGUCGUGAUACGGGGAGAAAACUCGGUGAUUGUGAAAUAACAAGCUACGAUAUCCGGAGGAUCUGUGCAGCUUAUUGUGUAUAUUAUUUCGCUAGGCUAGCUUGGUGUGCGUGGGGUUGCUGUUGAGUGAUGUGAAGGUUACGACGGCCCUGCGACGAUGACGACGAAUCUGCACCAGAGCGGUUAGCAAAAUGGCAACCAUUUAUCGCGGAGCAGUACAAGAAGUGCAACAAAGGGCGGUGAUGUAACGAUGCCGACGUGUGUCAAUUUGUUUAUCGAGUAAUUCGAGACAGCGCGUGACAGUGUGUUGGGAGGGGGUAAACUGUUCGAUGCGCUUUGAAAAUGAUGAGACAGAGCUUUGUUAACGGCGGCGUCUGAAUGGUGUUUAUUGAGGCGCCUCUUACACUGUGAUGUUCUUGGCGACUAUAUCAUAGUUCACGCUUCACUUGAUAGGUAAUAUAUCAUUGCACAGUCAUAAAAGCACAGUCUGACAGUAAGUGCCAUGUAAGGACUUCUGAGCAAACCUAAUUGAUUCGGGGAAAGUGUAACUCAAAUCGAAACCAGUCAUCAGUCACGGACAGCCGUCUGUAAGCGAUGGCCCUAACCAUUACAACUUUAGGUGAUAAGGCAGGCAGAACCGUUGAUUUAUUGCCUACGACGGCAAUGACCGCAUACGAGGUCAUUAGCGAAAUUACCAACAUGACCACCCCGGGUACUAGUGAAGAAGUGAAACAGAACGGAACCGACCCAACGCUUUUUCCGGAUAACAAUAUUGAUUAUAUUCUGACCAACGAAACGGUGCAGAUAGUGUUCUGUCUUCUGUACUCGAGCAUCUUUAUUCUGGGAAUAUUUGGUAAUGUACUAGUGUGCUAUGUGGUGUUUCGGAACAAGGCCAUGCAAUCGGUCACAAAUCUGUUCAUAACUAACUUGGCUCUCUCUGAUAUACUAUUGUGCGUUUUGGCAGUCCCGUUUACUCCAUCGUACACUUUCCUGGGUCGAUGGGUAUUCGGUAAGCUGAUAUGCCACACAGUUCCUCUGGCUCAAGGUUGCAGUGUGUACAUAUCCACUCUAACACUGACAUCGAUUGCGAUAGAUCGAUUCUUUGUGAUUAUCUAUCCAUUUCACCCUCGCAUGAAACUCUCUACCUGCAUCACGAUAAUCGUGCUAAUCUGGAUCUUCUCCAUGGUGGUCACUUCGCCAUAUGGUUUGUAUAUGCGUAUGCAUGAUGACAGCAACGGUACAUUAUCGAACUAUACCCUACUGGAAGAUCGGCUCUUCUACUGCGAAGAGCUGUGGCCUUCGGAGUACAUGCGCAAGGUGUUCUCACUUGCAACAUCGAUACUGCAGUUUGUUCUUCCGUUUCUGAUUAUGGCCUACUGUUACAUCUGCGUGUCAAUUAAGCUGAAUGACCGGGCCAGGACUAAACCAGGCUCCAAGACUACCCGUCGGGAGGAAGCGGAGCGAGAUCGCAAAAAACGCACCAACCGGAUGCUGAUUGCGAUGGUCGCCAUUUUUGGCAUCUCGUGGCUUCCAUUGAAUCUCGUCAACAUGUGCAACGACUUCUACUCGGACAUCAAUCAGUGGCGGUUCUACAAUCUGUUGUUUUUCAUUUCCCACCUGAUCGCAAUGAGCUCCACGUGCUACAAUCCGUUCUUGUACGCCUGGUUGAACGAAAACUUUCGCAAGGAGUUCAAACAAGUCUUACCUUGCUUCGAUCCGUCCCGAGGUCGCAGCACAAUCAGUAUGCGGCGUUCCGAACAUCGAACCUGCAACGGAAACAACGACACCGUUCAGGAAACACUCAUUCCAACCUCUCAGAUUCUACCGCUCGCGAUGAACCGCUCGCCCAACACAACCACGACAACCACAACGACAAGCGAUUCCGGUAAACAAACGGUGGAUUCCAUUCUCCUAUCGGAAAUAGGGCCCCCUCCACUGUUGAGUCCAGCUCCUCCGUUACUCCCAUCGGUCCAAAAUCAAGAAACAAUCGUUCUUCCUUCGGGUGUCCUGGAGACUCCAUUUGAGGUGCAACUUCCUAUUAUAACGAAGCAGCAGCAGCAGCAGCAGCUGUUGCAACAACAACAACAAACACAGAGUACCAACAACGGUGUGGGGAACGGUGGCCUAACAUUGGGAGUUUCCGCUGUGAACAUCAUGCGGACUAGCAACCCGAAACUUCAAUCGCUAAUACUAAUCAACGAUGGCACCUGCGGGGACACUAAGCAGCCCGAAAUACUCUAGACUGACUGGCUAGGAACUAUUACUAACACGAGUUGUGCAUUUUAUAAAUAUGUGUGUGUGUGUGAUAGUGUAAGGUGAGGUUGGAAUGAGCGAACCACAGAGAGCUCGAAGCAAAUCAUCAGGGAAGGUAAACCAGUCUGUCUGUUCGUGAAACGUGGCCAGUAGAACUCAUUUUCAAGCCGGACUGAGCUUUCUCGCAACUGCUUCUGCACUAUUCCGAAGUGUACAUAGUAUGAUGAAGGUCGACAUUGGUACGGCAGUAAAAAAAACAGGCAACAGGAAAUAACCAAAGAAACCACAAGCCAGUAGCUACCCUAGGAACCAGGUGGGCAGCUCGAUUUUCCGAGGUUAUCUCUUCCGUCUUCUCGCCGUCGGUUUCUAGGAUUAUCGAUGUUGAUACUGUCGAGUGGAUAAUUGAAGCGCGUGUAGUAAAUAAUUAACUCCACUGGACAGCUGUUUGCAGUCAUCACCGUCAUCGUCGUCGUCGUCGUCAUCCUCGCCACAGUAGAGUGCAGUAGCAGCAACAGAGACUGACACGGUGGAAAAUCCUAAUUUUCUGUCGCCAAUCAGGACACCGGUUUUGCAGUGGACGUCAAAUUAACGAGGUCAUCGGCGUCGUUCCAAACUCCAUUGGUUGAACUGCAGGCUUCGAGACCUCCUACUUCUGGGCCCGAGGUAGAAGGUCAAAUUCGACUAACUGGACUGCCUGGAAAUAACUUUCGUCGGCCUUGGAUGCUAAAGCUAAAAAAACUCGAAUCAAUUACAUGAGCCUCGAUUGGUUUACGUUUUUAUUUAUGUGAAUGGAAGCUAGUGAAGUAAGUAACUGUACAAAGACAAUUUUAGGAAACAAAUAAAGCUUAGUAGUUUAAGCCCGCUGCUUGACUGAACAAAAGUAAAAACUAUGUUUUAGGGGUGUUAUUUGAGAUUACUAAAAAUUAAAAAUUCGUUGGCUGCGUUUAAAUCGUUGAUAAUCUGUGUAUAGAAACGAAAGUCCUAUAUUAUACAAGAACUGUUCGAUGUUGAUUUUUGGACAAAGUCCGGAUGUCCUUUGAAUAAUAACUUAUCGAUAAGCAGGAAGGUAUUCCACUACAGAAUGCAUUUGUAAAAUGUUAGCGUUAAAAUUAUAAGAAAUUAUUGGUGUAUCAUUGAAAAAGAAAAGCCAAAGAUAAGUAAAAAGUGUAUGUUGAUGAAGUAUGUGUCACUUAGAAAUAAAAUCCAAAAUGAGUAACAAAAUAUAGGCCAAUUAAAGAUUUUCGCCAGAAACGAACAAUUAGUAAAGACAUCAUUUGACUAUUAUCGAAAGGCAAGGUUAUAAUUUACCCGUCUGAAAAGACUGCAUUAGCAAAAAGGUUCAUCUCUUGAACAAACAUCGCUGGUUUCAUGCAACUGAACGAAUGGAAAAGUAAAUUUGUUCGUAGAUUCAUUUAUAUCUACCCAACACGAGGAAGGCAAAUAUAUGAAAACCAUUAACUAGACGUAGCGCACGCAAUCAUGCACCAGGUGCGCGUAAAGCGUAUUAAAGACAAAAACCACUCGCGGUGGAGGCCUGGAGGGUGGUUUACAGACUCAAAAAUGAAAUGGUAAUAAAUAUGAUUUAUUAAAAAGAAA